AUGUGUCUCGACGAUGCGACGGUGCAUCUUAGGAUCAGGACAGCCAUCUUGGCGAUCAUAGACGAUGUCAAACGCGAAGACGGUCGAAGUGACGACAGGAAUAAUGAUAGAAGCGGAUCUGACAAGCGCGAGGCGAAUGACGAGCGUCGGGCUCGGUCGAGGGAGCGCCAGGAUGGCUAUUCAAGAGACGGCCGGAGUGGUGGAAGUCAUAAUGAAAAAGAAGAGGGACAGGACUCUGCUGCAGCACGCAAGAAAGCCGAGGACCCGUACUGGUAUCCUGGCAAAGGCAAGUUCUCGCACCCGACGAAGAUGCCCAGUCAGAACCCAUUUGACCCCAAACCACGUAACCCAAAGCGUACCCAAAGCUGCCGUACUGAAUCUCCUGGUCAUCGUCACGAAUGUAUAGAACGCAAGCACGAUCGCCGAGAGCAGGAACUUGAAGCUUUGGCCAACGGAACUUUGAGACCACCCCCUGGUGCUGGUCCCAACUGGGCAAAUAAUCGUGAAGCUACUUUGGCUAAAUACGCAAAAGCCACGAAUCGCAGGCACAAGAAACACGAAAAGAACAUGCGUAAACUGGCGGAACAAGCAGCCGGACAGGCGGCGGAGCCUUGA